UUGUGUAGGAAGCAUGUAGAAUGCAAAAUUGUAUUUGAUUCUUGCAUGAAAUAUCGAAAAUCCAUACAAAAUAAUGAAGUUCAAGCCUUUAAUUUUCUCACUGAAGCUGUGGAAUCCACAUUGUGUGAAAAGCCAGAAGACUCCAGCUAUUCCUCUCUAGACUGCCUGACAAGGAGCUGUGACAAGUGUGGGGUGAAGAACUUCAAGACAGCAGCUGAAGAAAUGUCUGAAACUGAAGUCAAGUGGAAACGAUAUGAAUACAUAACGUACAAAGAUAACAAUGGCGAGGAAAAAAAAGGAAAAUCCACUUGGUCCAAAAAAAAACUCCUGUCAAAGAGAUGUUUGACUAUUUCCAGCAACUCCUGAAAGAUUAUCCCUACCAUUCAUUUAUGGCCAAAUGGCAAAAAGAACAGUUUGAUCAUUUAAUGACAAACCUGCCUCUCAACCAUAUCAUCUGUGUGCAUGAUUUUUCUGAGAAUUACACUUGCAGAUCACAAGAUGAAAUUCAAUCAGAGUAUUUCGAUCCUGUGAAAGUCAGCAUUCAUGUGUCAAUUGUCUAUCGC